UUGCAUCUUCAUUCAUUGUCAAGAGUUACGGAAGCCUGAACCCAUUAACAUAUAGGAUUUACUUGGGCUAAUAUUUGAUUAACAUGUUUAUCUUCUUACAUAAAACCCACUAAUCAUUUCCUCAUUACAAGUGUAAAGUACAGUUUGACACGUGUGUAACGUCUAGUUUCUCACGUGCGAGUUAAGCAAGUAGGAGUGACCAAUUUGGAAUUAGCAAUCUCUAAUCUCUCCACUAAAAAAGGUUCGAAUCGGUGAAGAGGUUUGGCUAAUUGUCGCAGGUGUGACCUGAGAUCACAACACAAACAAUCUCUACUCGAAACCCCCCUGAGUCACCAUCAAGAUGUGGAGAAGAAUCGUCUCAUCUGGUCUCAAAACCCUAGCCGCCGAUGUCGCCGUCGCUUCUCAUCCUCCUCGAUCGAUAGCCGCCGCCGCGAGACCGGCAGGCUUCUAUCUAUCUGCCGAUCGAUCAGCCGUUUCUGCUUCUUCUUCCUUCAUCCCUCGUCAUUUCAGCUCGGAAUCAGUAGAGAAGAAGAAGGUGGAGGAUGUGAUGCCCAUUGCAACUGGGCAUGAGAAGGAGGAGCUUGAAGCUGAACUUGAGGGGAGGAGGCUGCUUGACAUUGACUUCCCCGAAGGUCCUUUUGGAACUAAGGAAGCUCCUGCUAUUGUAAAGUCGUACUAUGACAAGCGAAUUGUGGGAUGCCCUGGUGGUGAAGGCGAGGAGGAGCACGAUGUUGUGUGGUUUUGGCUGGAGAAAGGAAAGUCUUUUGAAUGUCCGGUUUGCACUCAGUACUUUGAGCUGGAAGUGGUUGGUCCUGGUGGACCUCCCGAUGGUCACGGCGAUGAAGACGAUGAACACCACCACUGA